AUGGCUGUGUCGUGUCGUGCUGGAGUGGCGCCGUUCAAGGUGCUGCUGUUUUUGGGACUUGUUCUCCUGGGCUGUGUGGUUGCCGAGCCCGUUCUUGAAGUUCAGGCAGACACCUUUUUUUUCACAGCAGAGGAUGUUGUGUUUGAGCUAAAUGACACCAGCAUCCGCAUUGGUCAGCUGCAUCAAGCUGUGGGUGAUGUGCAAGGUCACGUCGAUAAUUUGACUGCGCGCACGCUGGCCCUGGAAAGCCAGCCGGUGGUUGCACCCGAAGACCUCAAUGUUGCCAUUGAGAACCUGGCAGCUUCUCUCAACCAGGUCGCGCAGGCUCUUGGGGAAGAGAUCAGCGGCUUGGAUUCACGCACCACGGUUCUCGAGAAUCAGCCCAUUGUCGCCCCGGCAGAUCUUGACGCUGCAAUUCAAAGCCUUGCCGCCACCGUCAACCAGUCUAUCGAGAGUGUGAGCCAAGAGGUUGACAGCCUAUCCGCACGCGUGACAACCCUCGAGACUACGCCUACCAUCCUUGAUGGCGCCACACGUGCUGCUGCUGCCCCGACCUGUCACGAUAUUCUGCUUGCUAAACCCGACAUGACCACGGGCACCUACUGGCUUGGUGGUCCGCCUGCCCCCCGCAACCUCACCAAUGUGUGUUUCCUCUAUGCUCUAGACCCAAAUGGUGGCAGUCUCUUGGACGCUUUUCAGACGCAAUGCAAACGGAUUGGCGCAGACGUCUACACGGUGAUUGGUGCACCCCCGGAGCUGCCCGUGGCCAAGCACUUUGCACCUAGUGAUGCAGCUGACAACUACCACAACGUUCGCGGUGAAGUGCAAGACGACACCUACUUUACCUACGCCAUCUCCGACGGCCAGCUGCGAGCCCUCAUGGCCCUCUCGGCUACUGCUACCCAAACUGUCACGCUCAAUUGCUACGGUGUUCUCAACUACUUGGAUACCAACAACCAGACGUAUUACCCCUAUCCGGGCAUUUGGACCUCGCUCUCGGGUGAUGCCUGGACGGUGCCCACUGGUGACGUCUUGGCUGAAGCCCGCCACAUCUACCGUCCCUACCUGAUCCGCGAUGGCUGCUAUCAAAACUCAAACAAUGUUCUCGAAGCCACCGUUCUCAACCUCACCGGCCCCGCCUCUGCCCUCCCCGUCGUUGACUUUUACGUCUGGGAUGCGGGUCACUCGAGCGAACAGAUGGGUCUCCAGUUUGGGGACCUCUAUAUGUCUGGCCGCUACGUGCCUCCUCCCAAUGGCGCUUAUGGAACCAAAUUCAACCCCGGCAAGACCUGCUAUGACAUUUAUCUUCACAGUUCUGGCGCCACCGAUGGCACUUACUAUAUCGACCCCAACGGUGGCAACGAUCGUGAUGCUGUGCUGGUGACCUGCAACAUGACCGGCGGUGGUUGGACUGGCUUGCAUCCGGAUACUCAGGUUCCGCUCGCGCAUUACCGAGAUGGGGCAGGCGACGGUUACUUUUGGUAUUCUGAUACCACGGCCGGCUCGGAGAUUGGAUACGACGUUUCUGGCGACCAGCUGACAGCACUGUUGGCCCAGUCAUUUGAAGGUACCCAAAUGAUUGCCUGGCAGUGCAAGGGUGUUAUGAUGUAUUCCGAUUCGCAAGCGGAGAUGUCUUCUGCUGCCAUCUACAAAGCCAACUCUGGCUUUCAAUGGACCUAUUCGGAGCCGGGCUAUACGGUCCUGUCUGAUGGAUGCCACGUGAAUGAUGCCUCGACUGUGCACUCGGGUGUCGCCAAGUUCACGGGCACGCCAGACCGUUUUCCAAUCGUGGAUUUCAGGCUCAAGGACUGGGGCAACAGCAAUGAAGACGUGGGUCUCUAUUUCACUGAUGCAUGGGCGCAGGCGGAUCUCAGGCGGACGACUUCGACCGAGUCGAGUCUGCUGAUGAGCGGCUGUGGCCGAGAUGUGGCUGCAGCGCUUCGGGAGCAAGGGCCUGCGGCUCGGAUCAGUGAUGCGGCUCUGUUGGUGGCCCUUCAACAGCAACCGCCCUGCGCGCGAUUGAUUGCCUCUGCCUUUCUUGAUCGGGUCAUCGCCAGCCCCGAGGCGAGCCAACCCGAGGACCUGGGUCACUUUUGGACCGCCCUCACUUCCUCGCCAGCUCUGCGCUGGGUCGUCUUGAACAGCCUGGCCAGUCUGCCCAUUUCUUUGCGCCAAGCCGUCAUUGCGUUUGUCGUCUUUCAGCUGCCCCGCGAUCAGCUGUGGGCUGCUGCUCUUCCCAUGGCCCUUGGUGCCGACCCAGCAUUGCAUGCUUUGCUCGCCGUCUUUGAUCCAACGCCGCAUUGCAUGCGCUCUGUGCUGCAACUUCCCCAAUGCUUGCGCACUGCGGCCGAGAACCGUUCGCUGGCUUUGCCUCUGGGUGCCGCAGCCAACGCCGUUCCCGUCUUUGCCCUGCCCUGGCUUCUUCCUGCUGAUUUGCUCCACGUGUCCUCCAUCGCCAACGCUCCUCUUUGGGUAGCGCUCGAGCCUCAGACGGGCGAAUGUCUGGGCAAACCAGGCUGGCCGUGGCUGUUCCGAUCCCCAGAUGUGGCUGGUCAUCUCAUGACCUUGACAGCGACCCAGGCGCGCCGCUCUGCCGUGACUCAAGCUUGGUUGCAAUCGCACGUCAUGGACAAUCUUACACAGCUGCUUCACACUGGACCCGAUCAACUGCCGGAUCCCUGGGCUGACGACACUCUUCAAUGGUUCACCACCGAUCCCGCUACUGCAACGCAGUAUUGCCUGGCACUCCUGAAGCUCCCCAAUAUGUCACCGGCAGCUUUGCGCUGGGUGCUUGUGCUCCUAGCGCGUCUCGGCGAGCACAGCGAGACUGCCGUUCUGACGUUUCAUCGCCUGUGUCGCCCGAUGCGUGGUGCUCACGGCUCGGUGGUGCCGCCACCGGUCGCCCUGCGCACAAUUGCCAUCGAUAUCCUCUCGGGCUUGUCUGCAUCCUGGUCCCGUGACCUUCUCAAGAUCGUUUUGCUCGAGCCCAGAGUAAUCGAUGGGCCAGAUGCGCUACUGUUGGGCAAGCUCUGUCAUCAGGUGCGCGUGCUCAUGGUCCUGCAGGGCGUCCAACAGCCAGGCUUACUUUGCACAUGGCUUGCAUCGCAGCUUGUUGCCCGCGGUGAGCUGGCUGCAGUCGAGGCCAUUGCUGUCUUGGACAAACUGCAAAUUCCAAACGUAGAAGCGCCUGUGGCUCAUGAAGUGGCACAGGUCGUGCGCAUUUUGGUGACUCAAGGCGAACUCGAGGCGUCGAGCGCGCUGGCAUCUUUUCAGCCAAGCUUUGAGGCGACACCAGAGACGCGUGCCUGUCGCUUGCAGAUUGAAGCCUGGGUUGUCACGACCCUUGACACCAAAACUUCGCUGGACAUUGUGAUGGGCCCCGAGUACUGGCCCGAUGCGGAUGCACACGAAGCUCGACAUGCCGUGCUGUCGCGAUGCUGGUCGGCAUUGCCCUCGAAUGAUGGUGUGACCAAUGCUACCACCCCAGAGUACGCCACCGAAGGAGUCUUGACCGCGCUAACUUUGUUUCAUCCAAGCUACAACCAUCCGCGUUCCUCCGACGAGCUGGAAAAGGCGCCGGCGACUCCUGAUAGCGCUGAGGCGUCGGCCAACUGCCGCCCUGUCGGCGUCGCAGAGGCCCUGUCGCUACUCCAGAUACCCGAUGUCUCCACAUCAAGUUUGGCUUGCCGUCUGGUAGAGUUUGAGGUCUCGCAAAUUCCGCGCUCCGUGCGUGUCGGCUGGGCCAAGGGACGGGAAGCUCAUCUGCACGACACCUUGGAGAAAUUGCGCCGUGCCACACCUGGAACGGAGGAGGCAACUUAUCUAGCUGUAGCUGCUCUGUUCCACGGUGGUCUGCAAAGCGCCGUGUUGGCUGCCACUCAGCCACUCAUGGCUACGGUGGCGCACUAUACGUGGUUUAUCAACCUCUGGGCUGCGCGGGUGCAAAACUGUCCCGAGAUGCGCAAUCAAGGCCUCGAUGGCCUGGCUGCCAGUCUGACUGCGGCCCGGGCUCCCGAGGCAGGCGCCAUUGCUGCUCUAGUCGGCGCAGCUUUGGUCAUUGCACAGCCUGAUACUCAUCGCGUCUCCUCCGACGCCCAGCCCUUGUAUCAACUGACUCGACCUCGAACGCAUAAAAAGCUGCUGCUGGUGGCGCUCGCGUUGGUGAAGCAGCGCUAUCCAGAUGUAGAGCUCGACUCGACAAAACUGAGCGAAGAGCUGGAUGUUGCCGUUCGCGUCAUUCAAGGGCGCACAACACUUCCAGAUGGCGGCCUCGAGCCGUUUGACAACGAAGCAGACAUCGUCUAUCUUGCCAACAAUCACGGCUCACUCGGUGCAGGUUCAGCAGCAGCAGCAACCGUAGAGGUGGCCUUUUCACAGGGCAUGCUGGCUGCCAACGCCGGCGGGGCCACGCCAUCGCCACCCGCGGCAUGGGCCCUAGAGUUGCAAACGGCGUACCUGCUUGCCGCUGGCAUCUCUGAUCUCCCGCUCGCGACCACAGACUCCAGCUCCAGUCCCUGGCGUCACUUUGCUGUGAGGUUGCCACAAGUCAAUUUGGACAGUUAUCCCGUGUUGGCUGCUGUGGUGCAACAGGCAGCCGCUCCAACCACGCCCGAACAAGGCCGGCUACUGUUGUCAAUCUUGGCACCGCAUGUGGAGCAACUGCCGCUGUUUCCGGCCUACGGCCCCUUGACAACACACGUUGUCCGACAUCUUCACCAGGCCACAGGGCCCGCGCUCGAGCAGGGCUUGAACGACUUGCUUGCUCUGUACCACGCGUAUCAGGGCUCGCGCACCCUUUCAGCGGUUGUCCCCAUAGAUCAAGUGCUCUGGUCAGAGCUCGAGCCAAAGGCAUUGCUUCAGUUUGCCCGUGAUCAGCCUCUGGUGGAUGUGCUGCCGCCCCAAGCACUGCCAGCGUUGGGCAUGCAACUCGUGGCCGGUUUCUAUCAUCCGCAUGCAUCUCAACAGGUGGAAGCAGACGACAUUCUGGCUGCAUGGCAGAUUUUGAGCAAGCAAAUACCCAGCCAGGCCGCGCGUGCUCUUGAGCAGUUGGCCGAGGUGUCGGUAGAUGGCCUCGAUGUGGCUCGCCGUGUCGCGCAACACCUGGCGACCUGGCCUCGUGUGUGUGUGUGUGUGUGUGUGUGUGUGUGUGUGUGUGUGUGUGUGUGUGUGUGUGUUAUGCGCGCGCGCUCCUCUGAGUGUCGGAAGUCGACCAAGGCCCUCGAUGCCUUUGAUCUACCGAUGCUGGCUUAUCACCUUGUGACAGCGGCUGGCUCCGGGCCCUGCCGUGCCACUGGCGCUGCCAAGAUUACGACUAGACACGUGUGCAGUUGUGAAUUAACCUAUGAGACGUGCUACAACAAUUACCGGAAGGAUGCCAUCAAUUGUUAG